AUAACCGCAGAUACAUGGAAACCCAAAUUCUUUUAUCUCUUCUUCUUUGACUUCUUCCCAUCGCCAUAAAUCUAGGGUUCAUAAUUUAACCCUCACUUUCAUCAUCAAUUCAGCAUGCGCCCCUAUUUAUCCCGUGGUUCUGACUGGCAUCUCGGUUUCAGAAGAUUCAAUUCGGUUAACUCUAAACUGAAAUCCUACUUCCAACUCGGAAUCGAUCAUGGCCAACUUCCGACUAGUAAUCACAUAGAAGAUUCAUUGUCAAAAAUGUACGCCACUAUGCCCGAAAAGAUCCCAGAAGAUGCAGUUAAAGACGAUCCUGUUUCCAAUAUGUUGGUCGAUUCAUUCGGAAGACUGCAUACUUACUUAAGAAUAUCCUUAACAGAACGCUGCAAUUUACGUUGCCAAUAUUGUAUGCCAGCCGAAGGUGUGGACUUGACCCCGGGCCCCUUGGUUAUGUCACAAAACGAGAUUGUACGUUUAGCGAAUUUAUUUGUAAGCUCUGGAGUGAAUAAAAUUAGGUUGACUGGUGGGGAACCUAGCAUUCGGAAGGAUAUUGCAGAGAUCUGCUCAAAGCUUUCUAGCUUGAAAGGACUAAAUACUCUUGCCAUGACUACAAACGGGCUUGCUCUAGCAAGAAAGCUUCCAAAUUUGAAAGCUAGUGGACUUAAUUUGCUUAAUAUCAGCUUGGAUACACUCGUUCCUGCAAAAUUUGAAUUCAUGACAAGGCGUAAAGGGCACGAAAGGGUAAUGGAGUCAAUUUAUGCAGCAGUAGACCUCGGAUACAACCCUGUUAAGGUGAACUGCGUUGUGAUGCGUGGAUUCAAUGAUGAUGAAAUUUGUGAUUUCGUAGAGUUGACAAAGGAUAAACCAAUUAAUGUACGUUUUAUUGAGUUUAUGCCCUUCGAUGGUAAUGUUUGGAAUGUCAAGAAACUUGUAUCCUAUGCUGAGAUGUUGGACAUAGUGGGUAAACGUUAUACAGGGCUUAAAAGAAUUCAGGAUCACCCAUCAGAGACUGCCAAGAAUUUCACCAUAGAUGGGCAUCGGGGAACAGUUUCCUUUAUCACGUCAAUGACCGAACACUUUUGCAGUGGUUGCAACAGAUUGCGACUUCUAGCUGAUGGGAACCUAAAAGUUUGCCUCUUUGGCCCAUCAGAGGUUAGCUUGAGGGAUCCUAUUCGGGCAGGUGCUGAUGAUAACGAGCUACGCCAAAUUAUUGGGGCGGCGGUCAAAAGAAAAAAAGCAUCGCAUGCUGGAAUGUUGGACAUUGCAAAGACACCAAAUCGACCAAUGAUACAUAUUGGUGGUUAACUUUCAUUUUCUCCUUAACUCCUGUUCUUCAUGAUGGUUUUGAAGUUCAAGUGCUUCACUUCACAGAGAAACUCGAAUACACAUCGUAAGAUAAAUGGAAUCGCACGAGGGAUGAACAUCAAGGCGAGUAUUGGUAUUUUAUUUUUGAUGAAAGUUUGUUUGUAGCCGUGCAACUGUUCAUUGUGUCGACAAAACCAUAUUGUUUGUAUCGAUAUUACCAGCUGAAAUGUGUACACAAUAACUCUUUUCUUGUACACAAAUGGACGUUGAUAUUUAGAGCAUCCACAAAAUUAAAC